AUGGAAACUGAUAAGCAGGUUCACACUGAGGCAUAUGCAGAGGGAAUGUUCCACGAUGACGCGGACAUUGGCUCACGCAAAACGCGCACUCGCCUUGUUCCACCAAGUCGCCGGCAUGUGGUCAACGCACCUGGUGAUAGUAUCUUCCAGAGCCUCAGUUGGGAUCUCACCACCUCCCUCCCUUCUCUCCAUUCAGCCCACUUCUGCUGUCGCAUCACCGACAUUCACUCACCUUCCCACAAUAAACAUCUGUCGAACUUUUUUAUGCAUGAAAAUUGGACAAUGAGUGUCGAAGCAAAGGUGGUACAUUACGAUAUCAUUGAGGGCGCUCUAUCGAAACUCUAA